UCUUUAAGGUUUAUUAUUUCUGUACAGAAUGUGAAAACGUAAUUGGAAUGUCCUCAUUAUACAAUUUUAAAUUGAGGUCUAUAUUUGGAAAUGGUUAAUGAUAACCUCACACAGUAUAGUGAUAUCCGUGGGGUAUAAAUUGCCUCCUCUAUUCGUUCUCAAGUCAGUGUGAUCUAAAGUCUCAUCCCAACAAGUCGAGAUGUUCUUCAGCUGCUUCCUACUGCUCUUGGCAACUAAUGUCCUGUCUGCAGGACGAGUACCCCAACCGGAAGAGCGCAUUAUUGGAGGAAAAGAAAUUGAAAUCGAACAGGCUCCCUGGCAGGUUUCCUUACAAAUUCAAGGAAAACAUAAAUGUGGUGGCUCCAUUUACAGCAAAGAUAUCAUUAUCACUGCUGCACAUUGCUUUUUUACUAAAGAUGGUAAACGACUUGAGGCCGAAGACUUCAAAGUUCGCGCCGGGACCGCAAUGAGCAACUCCGGGGGAAUCGUCGUUGAAGUGGCAGCCAUAAGAGCCCAUGAGGUGUUCAAAAUGAGUAAAUUUAAAUACGAUAUUGGCCUGAUGCGAUUAAGUGAGCCCCUGGAGUUUACUAACAAAGUACAGCCUAUUCCUUUGGCCGAGUGGAAUCCUCCUCGUGGAUCGCCAGCAUUCUCUUCCGGCUGGGGAGCAAGUUUCGUGGAGAAUAAUCCUUUCAAAGGCUAUGUCCAGUUCAUUAAUCCUAUACAUCUUCAAGGAGUACGACUUCUGAUAAACUCAUCGGGCUACAGUAAAUUAAUAUUGCAUAGACCUAAGGAUACAAUAUCUGCCGGAUCUAACACUCAAACAACUUGUCGUGGAGACUCCGGCGGACCUCUGGUUGUUAACCAACAACUAGUGGGUGUCGUCUCAUAUGGACCAGGACGGUGCCGUGGCGCGGGAUCUUUCACCAGUGUCCCUUACUUCCGUGAAUGGAUAUUAAACACAAUUGAAACUAUUUAAUGAAAUGUACCAGAGUACACAAAAUAAAUAGAAAUUCAAUGUGGCAUGUGUAUAAAGCCAACUUUUAAA